GCCUGCCGCUGCUGUUGUCGGGCAGAUCGUCUUCUCCGAGGCAGCAGACUCCGCGCGCCCGCCGUUGCACGACGCCGUUCCGAGUCGACGAGCGACCGCGCCAUGCGGAGGCGGUGCCGCGCCAGGACACCGACAUGGAAGGUGCGCGGCGUCGCAACGACGAGAGCAUGCAGCACCGCUCCGAGACGUCGCAUCAGGAGGAGACGCCCGCGAAAGUGCUACUGCUGCGACGAUGGAGCGACAUGCCUCGACACCUCCAAUUUAAUCCGCAUAUUCUCACCGGCUACAGGCCGCUCAUGACGAUCCGUCAAUGCCUGGGUAGCCUUUUCUACUUCCACAACGAAACCGUUAAUAUCCUGACGCACGGAUUCGCUAUCCUGUACAUGUUGGUGACUAUACCACAUUUGCUCCCGUGGAAUACAAAAGACGCACUCGUAGGAAUUCUCUCCUGGUGCCACUUAAUCGGCGCUGUGAGUCCGUGGAUUGGAUCUUUCCUAUAUCAUCUCUUCAUGAACGUGAAUUAUGAUGAGGUCUUCUACAGAAUGCUGCUAAAGAUCGACAUGAUCGGCAUAUGGCUGUGUCAAAGUUUCGGUGCAAUACCAAUGAUGGCAGCGGCGGUUCAUUGUGUCGCCGAUAACGUCUGGUACUGUUGCAUUUUUAUUUACUGUUCUCUUAGCAUGUGGGGACUUUUAAAGGCGAUGACUGCGGGAUCACCGUGGGAGAGACGAUUGUGCUUCGCUCCUCCUUUCCUCAUGAGAAUGUUAGUCAUGACGCUGCGGUGUUUCGGCAUCGGUGGUGGAUCGCCCGAAGCUCUCACUCACAUAAUAUUACAGGACCUCAUAGCUGUGAUAGGUGCAACCAUCGGCGCUCUCCGAAUCCCAGAGAAAUGGAUUCCCGGCAGAUUGGAUUUAGUACUAAAUUCGCAUAAUGUGAUGCACGUAAUGGUCGUCCUAGCAGUAUGUUCCAUGCAUACAGCAACCGUGAAGGACCUCGCCUGGAUGUCUGAUCCGUCUACAUGCAACAAAACGAACUCCCUCCCUUCGGAUCGCGAAGAACUGUGAUUGAAUUGUAAAGCAUGCGGCAGCUGGCUGUCUGCAGUCUGUGAUAAACCGAGCCUAUAACGAUUGGCGAUUAGUCGAGCUCUUCGACAUUUGAAGACCAGAAAGUGCUGAAUUCUAUAAUAGAUAUACCUACAGAUAGCGAGAAUAAAUAAAUAUAUAUAUAUAUACAUAUAUAUAGAAUUUAAUAGAGUUACUUAACUUAUGUGAACAUCACGAAAUAGUUUAAAUACAAUCAUCAGUACAAAGUACAAUUACUUAUCAUAUCGAACAUCCGAUGGCAAAUAUGUAAUUAAAAAAACCUGUAAAAUUUUAUCGGCAAAUAAUCGAGUUAUUUAUUUUUUAUUGUUAUGAUGUGCAAUUACUCAAGAUACAGAGAUCUAUAAGGGCUCGAUCGAGCUUCCGACAAAAAAAAGGGAAAAAAAAUAAAAAAAAGUAAAAAU